AUGCCUCCUAGAAGAAAUGUGAACAACCAUCGUAAUGAGAAUAACGACAUCCCUAUUGAGACCCUCAUUGCUAACGCUGUCAAUACGGCUAUCGCGGGUUUGGUUCCUAACUUGUUGCAACAGCUUCAGCAAAAUAACAACGGGCCACCAGGAGGUAAUAACAACAACGGGCCACCAGGAGGUAAUAACAACAACGGCCCUCAAGGCAGAAAUGCUAACCCUCCUGUUGCCAUUCAUGAUUGGCUUGAUCGCUUCCAGAAGUUAAAGCCAAAAUCGUUUAGUACCGCUGCUACUCCCGUCGAGGCGGAAAACUGGAUUGCUCAUAUCGAGAAAAAUUUUGAAGUGUUGGGUGUGAAUGACGAAUUCAAAGUCAGGCUUGCUAGUUACAAACUGGAGGACGAUGCUCAUAGGUGGUGGAAGACUUUGAAGAAUGCUCGUGGAGGAGAUAAUUAUGCAGCCACACUUCCUUGGAAUGAGUUUCGCACAUUGUUCUAUCAGCAGUAUUUCACUGAUGCUGACCGCAGUGAAUAUCUAAGAGAGUAUUCCUCUAUCAUGCAGGGGGACGAUGAGCCUAUUAUGGAGUUUAAAACUCGUUUCUGUCGUUUGGUCAAUUUUCUGGGUCCGACUGCAGGUACGGUAGAGCAGCAAACCAACACUUUCAAGUGGGCUAUAUGUGACCGUGAUAGGAAGUUUAUUCUGAAUCUUCGUUUCGCUGAUAUUAAUGAGAUUGUUGAUGCGGUCAAAAACUUAGAUAAUGAUAAGAAGCAUCGCCAGAGGACGUUGGAUGAUAAUCGUAAGCGACCAAGGGAAGAUAACCAGAGUAAUUCUUCUUUUCAAGGUGACAAUGAUCAAUCUCGAGACCGUAGGCACCGUUCUGACAGGAAUUACGACAAUCAGAUGCAUCAAGACAAACAAAACCUGCCACAAUAUCGUGACCCUCCUUGUGCCACUUGUAAACCUCAUAGCGGGGUUUGUCGCCGAGCGGAACGUCUCUGUUUCAAUUGUGGAGAUGCAGGUCACCUGGUUAAAGAGUGCCCUAAGUUUAACCCUAGAGCUAAUAGUAGGGGAAAUGCCAGGCUUGCUACUAAUGAUGCAGCUAGUACCCCAGGUAUAAUUUUCGGUCAAUUGCAUAUUAAUUAA